UAUCUUUACAAAAUAUUAAGAACAUCUCUGCUUUUAUUUUGCGUUUAAAUCAGUAAUAAAGUGACUAUUAUUUUGAAACUUGCGACAUCCGGGUGACGUCCGUGUUUACGCUUAGCGCGUGUUUACGUUGCAUUCAUCCAGCAGCUGAAAAUAAUGGCGAUGUUUUCCGGUCACAGAUCAAAUCACAGCAAAUGAUUUAAACGAUUUUACAGUGAUUGGAUGUGCAGUGUUUGUAGAUGGUGCAGUAGACUGUCCUGAAGACUUCAGAUCUUCCACUUUCUCCCCCUCUUGAUCCAGACCCAUAUAAUGUGGCCCCCCUAUACCUAUCAUCACCUGCUAGCCUUCCUCCUCACGUUCCUCAGUUACGUUCUGCUUCACUCGUCCCGUAAGACUUUCAGUAAUGUGAAAGUGAGCAUCUCAGCACAGUGGACACCGUCAGCAUUCCAGCAGAACAGCAGCACUUCAUCUUUGUCUCCUGGGGAGACAUGGGAGGAAAACAAACUGUUUGCUGAUGUGGAAGAGGCCACGCUGUUCCUGGGUGCUCUGGACUCAAUCUUUCUCUUCUCUUAUGCUGUGGGUUUGUAUAUUAGUGGAGUAAUUGGUGAUCGGUUCAACCUUCGCUAUGUUCUGUCCUUUGGUUUAUGUGGAUCCGCUGUCACGGAAUUUGUCUUUGGCACUUUGACAGAGUGGCUUCACUUUUAUAACGUGUACUUUUACUGCAUCUUGUGGGUGAUAAAUGGACUGCUCCAGUCUACAGUAUGGCCUUGUGUUGUGGCCAUCAUGGGCAACUGGUUUGGAAAAUCUGGGCGAGGCUUUGUUUUUGGACUUUGGAGUGCAUGUGCAUCCGUGGGGAAUAUUCUGGGUGCAUUUCUUGCCUCCAGUGUCCUGAAGUAUGGCUAUGAGUAUGCUUUUCUCGUGACAUCAGUGGUGCAGUUUGCAGGUGGUAUAGUGGUGUUUUUUGGCCUGCUUACAUCCCCAAAAGAAAUUGGACUAAGUGACUACUCUGAGACAGGUCUGAGAUCAGUGACAAGAGACUCGGACAGUCAGCGUCCUCUGAUAAGUGAUGAUGAAGAUGAGUUAUGUGAGGAAUGCUCCAUACAGCAGCAGGAUGAGGAGCCUGAACCGCAGCCCAAAGCCAUAGGCUUUAUCGAGGCCUUCAGCCUGCCAGGAGUCAUUCCUUAUUCUCUGGCUUAUGCAUGUCUGAAGCUGGUCAACUACUCUUUCUUCUUCUGGCUGCCAUUUUAUCUCAGCAGCAACUUCGGCUGGAAGGAGAUUCAGGCAGACCGGCUGUCUGUGUGGUAUGAUGUGGGAGGCAUUGUUGGAGGAACAGUACAAGGCUUGAUCUCAGAUCUUUUGGGAAAGCGAGCUCCUGUGUUAGCGAUCAGUUUGCUGCUGGCCAUGGGAGCGUUAGUGGGAUACAGCCACUCUCCAAAUAACCAGCUGGUAAAUGGAGCUCUUCUAGCAACAACAGGCUUCCUUAUCGGGGGCCCAUCAAACAUGAUCAGUUCAGCGAUCUCUGCAGAUUUGGGUCGACAGGACGCACUGCAGAAUAGUCAGGAGGCUUUGGCCACCGUCACGGGAAUAGUGGAUGGCACAGGAAGCAUUGGAGCUGCGGGGGGACAGUAUCUGGUAUCGCUUAUCGAGAGCAAAUUAGGAUGGAUGUGCGUCUUCUAUUUCUUCAUAAUUAUGACAGGGUGCAGUAUACUCUUCAUCAUUCCACUCAUUUACCGUGAAAUCCGCUCCUUGUGCCGGGACAGUCAAGCUCGAACACAUCAGCUCUGAGAUGGACUUACUUUGCCUGAAUCUGAAUAGAACAUUUUGGACAUUUUGAAAAUACAGACAUCCUAUUUGUGAAUUCACUUUGUUUUAGAAUUGUUUCAGCUACAGAAACCUCACAUUUAGUCUGGCUACUCCAUAUCAAGGCAUUAUCAGACAGGCAGAAAAUAUGUGGUAUUUUCAAAAUUUUUCAAAUGAUCUGACUCUGAUCUUAUAUUUUUGGAAGACUCUUGGCAAUGUGAUGACUUGUACCUCAUUACUCUAGUACCUACUGUCUGAACAAAAGGGUCGCGAAAUUUGUUUUAGAUUUGUCACAGAUCUCUCCCUCAGAUCAUCCCAUUUAUGAACGCCAUCCUGGAAUGUUGCUUAAAAUGUUUGUUUUAUUUUUUCUGUGUAUUGCCAUCAGCACUUUUUUUUAAUUUUAUUUUAAUUUUUUUUUUAGAGUUUUUAAAUUCCAGUUUUAUAAUUAUUGUUAGAGGGCAGGACCCUCUUGAGCUUAAUUCAUGGUGAUUGUAGAGUGUAUUGAAUGAUUACUUGAACUGAGGACAUAGAUUCAUAGCAGCAUGUUGGUUUUUGGGGUGGUAAUUUCGGUGUUAGAUGUGCACCUUUUUUUUUUUUCUUUAUUCACUGUGUAUAAUGGUAUAUUUAAAUGUAACACUACAAUUCAGCAAAUGUGUGUUUUGUAUUUAAUCUAUUGGAAACUGUACAAUUGUUGCUUGAAUGUUUGAAAUGUGUUAUAUAUUGUUCCUACAUAUGUAGUUGUAUAUAGUCAUAAUAAAUGCAGGCGAAUAAUGUUUUUAUUGAACAGCUUAGACAGACAGAUGCAUAGAUGGUUGUGUGAUUUGAUUCUAUGUUCACUCAUUCUCAGCCACUACUGUCACCUCUACCAUAUAUGUUCAUCAUAAUAAUAGAGGAAAAAUGAACUAAUUUAAUUUAUAAUUGCUUUUCUUCAUAACAUUAAACAGGAACAACAAACAGAA